AUGCUUCUACAAUCAAAUACUAGCAAAAUUGUAUUUAAAAGACAAGAGAAUAAAAAGACUGACUUAAGAGUGAAUUCAAAUUUAAACAUUGAAAAAUUCGAUGUUUGUGUUAUUGGAUCUGGCUUGUCUGGAGCUGUGAUAGCUGAGAGGUAUGCAUCAACAACAGAAAAAUCAAUCCUUGUUUUAGAAAAACGUGAUCAUAUAGGCGGAAACUGUUACGAUUAUGUUGAUAAUGAGACUGGAAUUCGUGUAUCAAAAUAUGGUGCGCAUCUCUUUCAUACAAAGUACAAACAUGUGUGGGAUUAUGUACAACAUUUUGGUGAAUGGAUAUCAUAUAAACAUAAGGUUCAGGCUCUAAUUAAUGGUAAAUAUGUUCCGGUUCCGGUCAACAUUCAAACUGUCAAUUCAUUGUUUAACCUCCAUAUAAAAACGGUUGAUGAAAUGAAUGUUUGGUUACAAAACGAGCAAGUGAAAUAUGACCACGAUCCAAUCAAUUCAGAGGAAAUGGCGUUGUCACGGGUAGGAAAACGAUUGUAUGAACUAAUCUUUAAACCUUAUACAAUAAAACAGUGGAAUAAAACCCCAGCUGAAUUAGGACCGUCAGUUUUAGCUCGCAUACCUGUUCGAAAUAAUUGGGACGAUCGCUACUUCUCUGAUAGAUAUCAGGCAUUGCCAAUAUCCGGUUAUAUAUCAAUUUUUAAUAAGAUGUUACAACAUCCUAAUAUAACGAUUCGAUUAAAUACCGACUAUUUUCAUUAUCGAAAAAAUAUUGAAUGUGGAAAAACAUAUUUUACUGGUCCAAUUGAUCGGUUUUAUGCUGAAAAAGGUUUACCUUUGCUAGAAUACCGAUCAUUACAGUUUAAAAGACAAGUAAUAAAAAAUGUUCAUCACUUUCAACCAGCGAGUGUUGUGAACCAUCCAAAUUUCAAUGAGAAUUUUACAAGAAUUGUUGAAUACAAAUGGUUUCCUUAUCAACAGUGUCACUCAAACGACACAGUGCUUUUCAUCGAACGUUCCGCAGAUGUUGGCGAACCUUACUAUCCCGUCCCAAAUAUCCAAAAUCAGAAUUUAUACAAAAUAUAUAAAGUAUUAACAGAAUCUGAAAGUGACAUAUAUUUUCUCGGUAGAUUAGCAAAUUACAAAUAUUUCAAUAUGGAUGAAGCAAUCAAUAAUGCACUGGAGUUUUUUUAUCAAACAAUGAAAAAGUAG